AUGGCGGAAGAGGCGAUUUGGAAGCAAACAUCUGAGGUCGCUUUGGAUGAAUAUUGCAAGUGCGGUAAGAAGACGGUGAUGAUCACAUAUUGGACGGACAACAACCCAGGAAGGCGGUAUGCAGCCUACAAAGGAGGACAUAUAUGGAAUGGCUGCAAAUAUUAUGUUUGGAUCGACCCUCCAAUGUGCACAAGAGCUCGACAAAUCAUCCCAGGGCUCGACAAAACUUACCAUAUGACGGGCCAUUCGCACUGGAUGAAUCGUUUUCCUCACGAAUUUGUCAACCCAUUACUAACGAUUUGA